GCACGGUCCAGGAAGGUUACCAACCUACGUCGACACGGCCUUAUUAAUAUUCAUGAGCGAAGCCUCCGCCAUAGUACGGUUCGUAAUCACGCGACCCUCCCACACUCUCGUUCUCCGUUCAUCAGCGGCUGUCCUCAGCAUCCCCUCUGUGAUGCUGCUGAUGCGGCGGUGCCUGGAGCCUAACCCACCGGUUACCGGGAAACCCGAGAGACGAGGACGCGAGGGGCUGGGCAGCAUGAGACCGGUUACCGGAUCACUGCUGUAUCUCAUGUCAGUUUGUUUACUCGCGUGAAACCGAGGAAUGAAGUGCUGCAGCCAUGAUGCAAGGACUGAAAAAGCGUACCCGAAAGGCCUUCGGGAUACGGAAGAAAGAAAAGGACAGUGACUCCACUGGAUCCCCAGACAAAGACAAAUCUAAAAAAGCCAAUGGUGCACCUAAUGGUUUCUACGGUGAGAUCGACUGGGAUCGAUAUAACUCUCCUGAUGUGGAUGCUGAGGGUUACAGCGUUAUGCCUGGAGAACAAGGGGGAGCAGCUCUAAAAGUCAAGACAUUCUUAUCCUCCAGUGAGUCAGAGGGAGAGGAGGAGCAUGGGAAGAAAUUCAAGAUCAAGAUCAAGCCGUUGACUGCAAACAGUGGAAACUGCACAGUGGAUGAGCUGAAGGCCUCAGUGGGGACGCUGGCGAUCUCUCCUUCUCCUCUGAGAAAGAGUCCGAGGCGAAGUCCAUGCCCGCUGAAGCGAAACCUGUCAUAUGAGGAGAUUGCCAGACCACGACGAUCUACUCCAACACCCAUGACAACUCCAAGACCUGGUUCAGACCCGCCCAGAGAAAACACAACAGCAUUCUUCGACCCACCGUUUGAGACCAAUUUUGAAGCACACAACUCAGAAGUGUUCCCGGUUGAGCCGGAGCUCUGGUGUCAGUCCACUUCUCUCUCCACCUGUGUUCUCAGCAGAUCUCUGCCCACUGGAGCUCCGCCUCCACUUCCUCCAAAGAACAUUCCUGUCACUCCACCUGGACGCAGUUCUAGCUCUGUAGAGUCCUCCAGUUAUUAUAGUGUGGUUCCUAGCAUCAGAGGAGAUGGAUCAGCUUCAGUCUGUCAGGAUGCCCCAUUAUCUGACCCAUCUGGAGGGGCGUCUAUGCCUGACUUGGACAGUGUUUUUGGGCCUGUUGAGACGCCCAGGUCUGGAUCAGAUGUGGUGCAGUGCAGCUGGGUGAGCUUCAGCGAAGGCUCUCCCGCCCGACCCCCUCCCCCAGACGAACCCGCCCCUUCUCCACCUCUGUCCUCUUCCCCCGAGGACUCGCCCCCGACCUCGCCCCUCAACCUGCCGCCUCCCGACUCGCCCCCUCCCCCACUCCACACCAUCCCGCCUCCAGAUUCACCUCCACCACCGCCGCCCUCAGACUCCCCUCUGAGUCCUCCAGACCUUCCCUGCUGCUUUCAGCUCCCAGAGUCUGAGCUCGCCCAAGAGCCCCCCGUCACCCCCGCCAGCCCUGGACUGCCCUUCCUGCCAGCAGACCACCCCCCACAUGGAGCCAUACCUUCCCCUCUUGCCUUGAGAGACGACAGCAGGAGAACCCCUGACCUGGUGGGCAUGAGGGACGAGAUUUCGGUGUUUGGCACAUCACCCAAAGACCUUGCAGCAGGAAGCUUCAGAGGAACCCCACCUCCACUGCCACCUCCUACUUACAGGAGUGUGGUGGGCUCUCCAGGGCCUGGCAGUGGGCCGUCCUCUCCCGCUCGUGCCGGCACUCCCCUGUCUGCUGGCAGUCCGAUCCCACCUCUACCACCAAGACCAUCAUCACGACCUAAACUACCACCUGGAAAACCAAACCUAGCAGAUCUGGCCCGACCCUUCAGCCCCCCCAUCCACUCGUGGAGUCCUCCACCCUUUGCUCCUCUGGCCAGAGCUGAGAGCACCUCCUCCAUCUCCUCAGUCACCUCCCUGAGCGCAGCCUCCACACCUACACUAGGCCGAGAGCUCAACCUCUCUGUGUCAGUGUGUUCCAGAGGUCCGAGUCCUCUCACAAUGGGACCCCAGGACACUCUACCAGUGGCAGCCGCCUUCACAGAGACCAUCAGCACCUACUUUAAAGGAGCAGAUCCCACUAAGUGUUUGGUGAAGAUCGCUGGGGAGAUGGUGCUGUCUUUCCCAGCAGGGAUCACCAGACACUUCUCCAGCCAUCCCAGUCCACCAGUGCUGACCUUCACCAUCAGCCAGUACAGUCGGCUGGAGCAGGUCCUUCCCAACCCACAGCUUCUGUGCUGCGACACCACGCCACCUACAGGUGACUCGAAGGAGUUCUGGGUCAAUAUGUCAAACUUGUUGAGUCACCUGAAGAAAGUGGCUGAGCAGAGGCCACAGGCCACGUAUUACAACGUAGACAUGCUGAAGUACCAGGUGUCCACUCAAGGCAUCCAGUCCACUCCGCUGAACCUUGCGGUGAGCUGGCGCGGUGAUGCCAGCAGCACAGACCUCAGGAUAGACUAUAAAUACAACACAGAGGCCAUGCCCACACCCACACCGCUCACCAACAUCCACUUCAUGGCAGCUGUGGACGGCGGCGUGAACAAACUGCAGGCUAUGCUCCCACCUGCCACCUGGAACCCAGAGACGCAGAAAAUAACGUGGAAGAUCCCAGAGCUCUCACAGAGGUCUGAAAAUGGAGGGGUAGGCGCUCUUCUGGCUCGCUUCCAGUUAGCCGAGGGUCCCAGCAGACCUUCUCAGCUGGCAGUGCAGUUCACCAGUGAGGGCAGCACUCUGUCUGGCUGUGAUUUUCAACUCGUAGGUUCAGGCUACAGACUCUCCCUGGUUAAAAAAAGGUUUUCUGCAGGUAAAUAUCUGGCAGACAACUGACCCGGCCACGGCGAUGUAGGAUGGACUGUGAGUAGAAUGUUAGGAUGCUCUUUUGGCACGACAAAGACUUUCGAAAAUGUUUUUAUUGAAAUACAGCACUCAAAAUCUCACGUACAAUAUCUGGUGUAGAAUAUCAUCAGUGCGUCCUGUGGGUGUGUGUAUGUGAAUAUUAGUAAAUAUUUUGUGUGUAUAUGAUAAAACUUCAGGACAAAUGCAAUACGUGGACUUUUUUCGCUGGGUUCUUGCAGAAGGCAGAGUUUCCUUUUUCACUAUUGCACAUUCUCUCUCUGCCCCAAACCAAACACACCUAGUGACAUUACAAUCUAAUGAUACCAGGGUUCACAUAUGGAACAGUGUUUUCUUUUAGCUAUGUUGACAGAUAAUAAACAAUACGAUUUAAUGAGAUGAGGUCUCUCCCAAACAAUGCUACAGAUUUUGAGAUUCAGUUUGUUAACAUUAGUUAUUGCAUUAGGUAUCACAAACUAACAACGAACAAUAUUGUUACAGCCUUUUUAAUUCUAGCUUAAUGUUA